AUGGUGCCACCACCUGUCGAUUUUGCGCUGUUGGGUCAGAUGGCUGCCUUAGGUGAUUUUGAUGCGCUCACCCCCGUGGUAACAACUGGACAACAAAACACCUUCGAAUUUAAUACCUUCUCGAUUCUGGAGUUGGCAAAAGUGCCUUCAGCAACAGCAACAGCAGGAGGAGGAGGGGCAGGAAAGAUUUUGUCGGUGCCCGUUCUACUGGCGAGUUUUGCGAUCGAUCCGCCAUUACAGCCAACAACAUCUGGAUCUCCAGCCUCAAGGACCGCAGGUGCAGGGAUUACAGCCACUUGUGUCCUAGACGACGCACCACACCAGAUUUACGUUGCUGGCAACUUCAAGCAGAUCCCGACCUCAGCAUCUAUGGUCAACAACUCGGCGAACGCCAACAGUUCGAUACCUGUCAACAUGGUCCCAACCUCAGGACUCAACUAUGUCGGCAUGUACGAUUCCAGGCUGAAACGGCUCCUGCCCAUGGAGAACGGGUUGAACGGCCCUGUUCAGGAUUUGUUGUGUGAUUCUGUCACGAAGCAAGUUUACGUUGUGGGUCAGUUUAUGGGCCCCCUACAACUGGAGUCACGUUCGGAUAUCGAAAGUAGUAACAGCAGCGGGUACCAGACCCUUAGUUCGUUCGGCGGCGGCGUUGCAGUAUGGAAACGGAGCCCGGAUGCGACGAUCGAGAGUAACCCUACUUCUUCGCCAUCAUCGUCGGCGAUUACGAGGGCAUCAGGAAGCUGGGAGGCGUUGCCAUUCAAGGGAGUGGAUGGUAUUGUGACGAGCGUCACCAGGACUCAGGAUGGCACCGUUUAUUUCGGAGGACAGUUUGAUACCACUACUGAUGGAGAGGCUUACAGUGCACCCGAUACUCAGCCUGUCAACCUUGAUAUCGCCAAGGUGAUGACGGGGAACGGAUUGAACGCAGAGCAGGACAGGAAUAUCAUCUGCCAACCGUCAACAGCGGCACGCGGGAACUGGAUCAUGCAGGACAACAUCCCAGGCUACUGGCGUGUCCUCUUCCCGUACUAUAUUACUCCAACCCUCUUUCGCCUCUGGAACGUCGAUACGACCCAAGGCCCCGAAUUCGCCAACAGGGGCACAAAAACCUUCUCCAUCGUGGCCCUUCCUUCAAACCAGGUCCUCAACCUCUCUUACAUUGACCCUAUUUCGAAUCUCCAGCAAUACUGUACUGUGUGUACUUUGGAAUCCAGAAGCGUAGCGGCCACUGUUGACCAAGAGUACCAGGAUUUCUUAGUCGCGACACCCACCUUGUUGAACGCGGUGCAGGUUGACAUCGUCUCGUGGGACGGUCUAGGUGGUGGGCUGGGUGGAAUUGAGGUGUACCAGUCCGAGAUCUUUGUCCGUGCGGUGGAUGAACUCAACUUUUCGUCCAAGUGUGCUUCGAAUUAUGCGGAGGCUGUGGCGUCGAUCGCGUCAGGAACCAACCACAAGGACAGCAAAGAUAUGACCGCGUACUCGAGUUUCUUGGGUGCUGACUGGGUCAUGACCAAGAUGGAGGAUGGGUGGCAGACCGUCCAGGCAGCCAAUAUCUCGGCGACCGAUGCUGCGUCAAGGAAACAGGCCUAUGUCGAUAUGUCGCCGUACCUUCAGGAGUCGGGUCUCUAUGAUGUCUAUCUCUACACACCUGCCUGCUCUGGUAGUUCUUCAAGUGGAGCAACAGAGUCCAAGUCGUCGAAUGCGUGUGCAGAUCGUGGGUUUGUUGAUGUGAGCAUGUACUUUGGCUCACCUGACAAUGUCAUCACCCUGACAUUGUCGCAGACCAACACCGCCGACAAGUACGACAAGAUCUACUCGGGCAUGAUUUCACAUACCACUUCGGAUUUCAGACCCCAUGUGGUUGUAGGACCUUCGGUUGCCAAGACGGGGACUGGUGGUGGCGGGGCUACCCAAAACGUCAUUGUCGACUCCAUCCAGUUUGUGAAGCAAGCGACCCUCAACAACACCAACGGCCUCAUCUUUUACCGUCCGAGUACUUCUGUCCUUGUUUCUUCUGAUUCUGAGAAGGAAAGGAAGGAUACCGUUCAGGGUUUGGAUUACUCGACAUGGGGUAACCUGCCGACUCAGAUUCCGUCCGGAUCGUUGGUGAACGCCUUGGUCUCGUACUUUGGACCUUUCGGUGCCUCUGUUACUGCGACGUCGACGCUGUUCAUUGCUGGCGCGUUCCAGGGUACUACCUACAGCAACAUUGUCGGCUGGGACGGAUCCAACUAUCAAGGUCUUGGCGGUAGCGGUGCCUCCUCAGGUCUGGAUGGUAUCGUGUCCGGUAUGGCUCUCUAUCAAUCCUCACUUUACGUUGUUGGCUCCUUCCAUAGCGCCCUCACAACCUCUGUUGCCUCGGUGCCUGAUUUCGGUGGAUUGGCGGUCUACGACAUUGUUUCCCAGACAUGGACACCCUUCGGGAACGCAACCCAGACGUUCCAACCCAACGCUCAGUUCCGCAGCAUCGAACUCUCAACGGGUCCCAAUGGACAGUUCCAGUUUAUCAUUUCGGGUCAGUUCUCGUGGACAGAGGGAGGAAGCGGAGAGAACUGUAUAGAGACAUUGGCGGUGUGGGAUUUGGACAACCAGCGAUGGGUUCGCGACCAACAGAAAUCUCCCAGCGGCGGGUUCCCGUUUGGAUUUGUCCGAGGCGAGAUCUCGUACUUGAACCGGGUGUUCGGAUCAAACAGUAACCUUGGCUCUGAAGGAUCAAGCCCAAGCUCGCCUGUUUUGCUGGUGGCUGGACAGAUUGACUCCUUGGACUCCUAUCAAGUCGGCCCAGCAGAGAAUGUCGCCUGGUUGACGAAAUCUGGGAUCCUCAAGACGACAAACCUCUCUCCCACCAUCUCGACAUCCUCGCCUACUGCUGGCUCUGCGAGUGACGAUGUGUCAGGUACAAUUUCUGCCUCGAAUGCGACAACAUCUUUGUCGAAAACGAACGCAGGAAUCAUGUACUUCGACCCAACUACCGAAGCUUGGGUCACCCUAGUUGGCGGCGCUCACGCCAAUGGAUCCAUUGGCGCAGGGUACUUCAACCACCCGACGGAUUCCAACCCAACCCUCUCCUUCAAGCGACUCAACCUAGCCACUGCUUCCUCGCCCCUGAUCACUGGAGAAGUCUUGGCACUGGGCCUUCAAAAAGACGAACAGUCAGGGUUCAAAGCCAAAGGAUCUGGAAGCGACUUACUCCUUCUCGGAGGUGCCUUCAAAUCCACCUCAGGAAUCGCCAGCCUGUUGAUCUACGACCUCAACACCGACCAGCCCAUCGCUUCAACACCAGCACUCCGAGGCUCUCCAAACCGCGGCUAUCCAGUCGUGAACGUGAUCAAACCCCGACCUGGGGACAAGACUGGUGCUUUAGUCAUUGCCGGAGACUUUUCGGGUGUUGGGAGUGGGGUCUCCUGUGAACUGAUUUGUCUUUGGGACCCAGCUCAGGCGAGGACGGCGAUCGACAAGAAGAAGCCUUUGGAGGGGAGCUUCAGGAAUGUGUAUAGUGAUGGAGCGGGGAGUAAGAAGCAUCUGGGGGUUUUGAAGGGCGUCGUGAACGAUAUUGCUUUUGAAGACUGGACAACAUUCGGGUCGAUGCUGGAUUCUUCAAAGAGCUCCUCCUCCUCUGCAAACACAGCUCGCCCCCCCGGGCCUGAUACCUUGCCAGGACCAGUCACUGCCAUCGCGCAUGAUUCCUUGUUCCAUAGCUUCUUUGUCGCCGGAAGGAGUGUGACGGAUGGGUCAGCGUACUUCAAGAAAUGGAACGGAGAGCGCUUCGUUCGCGUUUCACCCGACUUCAUGCCAACGAGUGAAAUCCAUAGGAUGGAGAUCCUCCCUGCCUCCAAGGACGCACCCAACCGUGCCCCAGUUGCAACAGCCAUCCAGUCCACACCUCCUUCGCCAACUGAUGAUGAUGAUUCUAAUGACUCCUCCUCCAACCCUAAUGACACCACCACCACAACACCACCCUCCUCCGCAUCGCCAUCCUCAGCAACCGCGUCCACAGCAGCGUCCGCAAAAAUUGUCGAUCCAAACGAUACCACAAACAUCCUCGAACAAGGAUACAUCCUCCUCAUCUCUGGAAAGAUCGUCCUCGGCAAUCCGUCUUCGUCUUACUCACUAUCUGAAUCAGGAUCCGCAGCGACGGUGGGUUCGAUGAGUGCGACCAGCAGUCGACAGGAGUCGUCAUCGUUGGCGUUUUUUGAUGGACAGUCUUGGUUCCCGUUCUUACAGAGUUCAAGGAACGCGUCUGCUUCCUUGUCGCCCUUGUCUUUUGUCGCUGAUGCUACCGUUGCCUCCGCUUCGGCGCAAAUGGCAGCCAGGGAUCUCCACCAUUUGUUACAACGAAACUCAGAAGAUACUUUGCACCACCUCCAUACAAAACGCGUCGACCCUACACCACCAACUAUCCCACCAACACCCCUACAGGGCCAUAUCCGCGUCCGUGACCAAGGCAUCUUCCGGGCGCUUGCAAUCGCUCACUUACCUCGAAUUAUUGCCCGAAAAUACCUCUCCGUACCCUUGGUCAUCCUCGUCUCCAUCGCAAUCUCCCUCGCCCUCAUCGCACUUAUCGUCCUCCUCGGAUUCCUCUAUGUCUGGUUGAAACGCCGACUCUCAAAGCACGACCCCGCAGCGGCGGCAACGAGACCGCGACUGGGGUCGAGUUUUAUGGAGGACGGGUAUGACGGCUACCUUCGGCGGACCGGUGGGCCCCGUGGAGGGGUGUACCCUACAGACUCUUCAUUAGGAACCAGUCAAGGCGCAGCAUUUGUGGGUGGCAGUACUACUGCCAUGGCGUCCAAGAAAUUGGGCUCGUUCUUCAAGCGAUCUAAAUCUGAAAAGAACAGCGAGCCCGAGAGCUCGUCUGCGUUGAUGGAGAGUCUAGGCAUCACCAGCGCAUUGGAGUCUGCAAGACUCUACCGCACUCAGCGGAACAACAGCACCGGGGCAGCCAAUACCCUUGUGGGCAGUCCCACUAUGCGCGAGAAGCCCGGUAUAGUGGAUACAUUUGCAGGGGAAAGUCUUGCAGGAGAGGGUGGUAGAAGUCAGGACGGAAGCGAUGGCAGUACUGGCAACAGGCCGAAGGUGUACCGACCCAACUCGACGAUCCAGGAAGCGACUGGCGCGAUGGUGACCGAGUUUGUGAGAACUCAUGAGCAACAGCGAUCUACUACUGCAGGUACUGGUGUAAGUGCUGGCGAUGCUCCACUGGAUGACGACGAAGAUAUGCCGCCUUCACCCGAUAGGCGCAGCAAGAAAUCUCGUCACUCGGGGCCCAACCAACCAGACACAGUGAGAGACUCAACAGCAAGCGACUUAACAAACCCAACGCUCUCUCAAUCCCGCUAUGCCAGCCUCCUCAGCGCUCACAACAACGUCUCCUCCCCUCGUGCCGGCAACGGCGCCAUUGCAACCACGCCAACCUCUCCUGCCACAGCAAUGACGACUCCCAGCGACGCCAUCCACUCUGCACACUACCUCCAUAACCCAAACCGGGAUUCAACAACCUCCAACCGGACCUCUACCCCCUUUGGCAGCAACCUGCCAGGCGGGAACGCGAUUUACUAUUCCCGGUACCCAUUUAGGGCUCGGGAGAUUGGCGAGCUGGGGUUUAAGGCCGGAGAGCGAAUCUUGGUGGUAGAUAUGAGUGACGAUAUCUGGUGGAUGGGGGUUGUGCAGGAUCCUGUGACGGGCCAGCAGAUGCAUGGUGUGUUCCCUUCGAACUAUGUUGCCACCACGCCUUGA